AUGGCCCAUCAGAUUGGCGCUAGAAGGAGGGCCGGCGUCCAAAUAUCAAGCGAUCAGCAAAUUUACCCCGGCGGAUCCUCAAAUGCGGAGCUCCCCGCCUUAGGGGAACGGCGUGACGAGACCCACGACGAACGCCCCGCAGCGGUGUCAGAACGCUACUGGCGACUGUUCAACAACCCGGGCUUGUCACCCCCUGGCGGCGCACCCGCCAACUCCUCGCAAGUGUCGCCCGAGGCCUUUCAUGACCUCGCCCACCAGGUCCGAACUCUGACAAGCAUGGUGCAGACCAUUAUCUCCCAACGAACCCCUCCGCGUGCGGCGAGGCCCUCGCAGCAACAGGAGACUCUCGCCCGGACCCACGCACCACCCCCAGAACUUCCGGGCUCGCCUCGAAACCCCACAACCCGACCGGGGAGCAGGGAAGCCGAGGACACGGUGAGCCACCCCGAGCCCGAGGCCCCGACCGCUGACUCGACGAACGCCCUACGGGCCCAACUGCGCCUCGUCAGUCAAAGGCUGGACGAGGUACAACAGGAGGUUCGUAAGUCAAAAGGAGAACCCGGGACGGACGGACACCAAGGAUCUCCGUUCACCCCCGAGAUACAGGAUCAGGCGAUCCCGCCGCACUUCCGCCUCCCUGCCCUGGACGCGUAUGACGGCGCAACCGACCCCGCGGACCAUGUGGCCGCUUUUCGGGCCCAGAUGGCGCUGUUCGGGACUUCAGACGCCCUGAUGUGCCGGGCGUUCCCGACGACCUUGCGAGGACCAGCCCGCGCAUGGUACAGCGGCCUGAAGCCAGGGACCAUCGCCUCCUUCGACCAGCUCGCCAAGGAUUUUGAGCUUAACUUCCUAGCGUACUCCCGACCGAAGCCAUCUAUGGCGUUGCUCUUGGGGCUCAACCAGAAGGAGGACGAGCCCCUUUCUCACUUUGUGAACCGGUUUACGACGCAAAUCCGUGGACUAUCGGAUGCUCACCCCUCUCUCUUGAUGCAGGCCUUCAUGACCGGCCUACGACCCUCCAGGUUCUUCUGGUCGCUCGUGGAAAGGCCCCCCGUUGCGGUCCCUGAGAUGCUCCAACGGGCCAGCCAGUUCAUCGCCGCAGAAACCUGGAUGGUGGGAAAGCGAGAAGAGCACAGAAAGGUCAAGUCGGAGCCGCCCCGACACCAGCAACCCACCACCUCCCGGCGAAAGUUGGACAGGCCUGACCCAAGGCCUCCUCUUCCCGCCUUGAACUCCUCCCGGACGGAGAUAUUCCUACACGAAAGGGGGAAGGGGCUGCUCAGGGACCCCCACCCGAUGAAGAACCCGCGGGAGCUCGCAGACCACUCAAAGUACUGCCGAUUUCAUCGACAGCACGGGCACGACACGGAGCAGUGUUACGAGCUAAAAAGACAAAUCGAGGAGCUCAUCCUCAGAGGCCAUCUCGGCCAGUACCUCCGGUCGAGCAAAGAGCAGUCUCCUCGUCCGGAGGGCCCUGUUGAGCGACACAUCGAUGUCAUAGCCGGGGGCCCCGCAUCCGGAGGAAGUUCUAUGUCGGGCAGGAAGGCCUAUGCCCGGACCGCCCCCGACGAAGCCUCGGGGCGAUGCACCUCGGUCAGCGUGUUCGGCCUGCCUUUUGCAGGAUGUACCUCGAUCAGCGUGUUGGACCUCGGUCAGCGUGUUCGGCCUGGAUUUUGCAGGAUGUACCUCGGUCAGCGUGUUGGACCUGGCUUUUGCAGGAUAUUAGUGUGCCUCGGUCAGCGUUUUGAUCAAUUCCGAGGUGCAUGA